UAUGCUGUUCAUCGGUCGGCAACUGGCAGCCUGCACUCGGCACGGCAGACGCGCAAUUUAACCUGCCGGAGCAGCGGUCCCCUGCGUGUUGCCGCACCGCAACGCGCCGAAACCGAGCGGCUCGUCCCGCCGCGCCGCCCGCACCCCCAGUCCCGCCGCAGCCAAAUACGCACGGCGAGUCCACGGCGGACUCGCCUCGCUCGCAUUGCCAUCCAUCAACCGACGCCGCGCGCGCUGAAGCCCGACGAAACUGAACAUCACAUGCGGCGGCCGCGGCCGUGCGCCCAUGCGUUCCGCUUCCGCAGCGCUCCUCCGCGCCGUGCCCAAGCCGAGACCCGAGCGUCCGCCCCUCCGCUCCUCCCCCGCCUCCGCGGGCGACCCCGACCCCGAGGCCUACUACGCCAGCCUCCUCGCGUCCCUCGCCCGAGAUCGCCACGCCCGCCACCCGUUCGACGCGAGUCCUCACCGAGCCCACCCGGCGCGGGCGUGCGGGGUCGUGCACGCGCGGGUCCUGCGCCUCGGGCUGCCGCUCCGGGGCCGCCUCGGCGACGCGCUCGUCGACCUUUACUGCAGGUCCGACCGCACGGGCGACGCCUGGCGCGCGCUAGGAUGCUGCCUCGGCGCGCAGGCGGCGAGCUCGGUGCUGUCCUGCCACGCACGGUCGGGGUCUCCGCAUGACGUCCUCGACGCGUUCCGCGCCAUCAGGUGCUCCGUCGGCAGCCGGCCGGACCAGUUUGGCCUCGCGGUGGUCCUAUCCGCGUGCUCCCGGCUGGGCGUUCUCGGCCAUGGCAGGCAGGUGCACUGCGAUUUGGUCAAGUGCGGGUUCUGCUCCAGCGCCUUCUGCGGAGCGGCGUUGGUGGACAUGUACGCAAAAUGCGGCCAGGUCGCCAAUGCUCGGAGGGUGUUCGACGGGAUCGCCUGCCCCGACGUGAUAUGCUGGACGAGCAUGAUUGCAGGAUACCACCGGGUUGGACGCUACCAGCAAGCGCUGGCUUUGUUUUCUAGGAUGGUGAAGAUGGGCUCUGCCCUGGACCAGGUAACGUGCGCUACCAUCAUUUCCACUCUUGCAAGCAUGGGCAGACUGGAGGACGCACGGACUUUGCUGAAGAAGAUAGAUAUGCCAAGUACAGUUGCUUGGAAUGCUGUCAUCUCAAGUUAUGUGCAAGGUGGACUUGAGAAUGAAGUGUUUGGCCUGUAUAAGGAUAUGAGGAGACAUGGAUUGAGGCCAACUAGGUCCACUUUUGCGAGCGUGCUAAGCGCAGCAGCCAACAUGGCAGCGUUUGAUGAAGGCCAGCAGGUACAUGCAGCGGCAGUAAGGCAUGGUUUGGAUGCAAAUGUUUUUGUGGGCAGUUCUCUGAUCAACCUGUAUUUGAAACAUGGCUGCAUAUCUGAUGCAAAGAAGGUGUUUGAAUUCUCCACUGGAAAGAACAAUGUCAUGUGGAAUGCGAUGCUUUAUGGGUUUAUUCAAAAUGAGCUGCAAGAAGAGACCAUUAAAAUGUUUCAGUAUAUGAGGAGGGAUGACCUUGAGGCUGAUGAUUUUACAUUUGUGAGUGUCCUUGGUGCAUGCAUUAACUUGGAUUCCCUUGACUUAGGAAGGCAGGUACACUGUAUAACAAUCAAGAACUGCAUGGAUGCAGACUUGUUUGUUGCUAAUGCAACACUACAUAUGUACUCAAAACUUGGAGCAAUUGACGUUGCAAAAGAACUGUUCAGUCUCAUUCCAUACAAGGACAGUGUAUCCUGGAAUGCUCUUAUAGUUGGACUUGCACAGAAUGAGGGAGAGGAGGAAGCAGUCUAUAUGCUCAAAAGGAUGAAGCUCUGUGGCAUAGCACCAGAUGAGGUGUCUUUGGCUACUGCAAUUAAUGCCUGUUCCAAUAUUCGAGCUACCGAGACCGGAAAGCAGAUUCAUUGCGCAUCCAUCAAGUAUAAUGUCUGUUCAAAUCACGCUGUUGGCAGCUCUCUGAUUGACUUAUACUCCAAGCGUGGAGAUAUAGAAUCAUCUAGAAAGGUUUUGGCACAGGUAGAUGCAAGCAGCAUAGUCCCAAGAAAUGCGUUUAUUACAGGUCUUGUGCAGAACAAUAGAGAAGAUGAAGCUAUAGAGUUGUUCCAUCAAGUGCUAAAAGAUGGUUUCAGACCCUCUAGCUUUACAUUUACAAGCAUUCUUUCUGGGUGUACUGGCCUUAUCAAUUCAAUUAUCGGCAAACAAGUCCAUUGUUACACACUGAAAUCUGGUCUUUUGAAUCAGGAUACUUCCCUUGGCAUCUCUCUUGUUGGUAUAUAUUUGAAGUGCAAAUUGCUUGAGGAUGCAAACAGACUCCUAAAGGAGGUGUCAGAUCACAAAAACCUGGUUGAAUGGACAGCUAUCAUCUCAGGGUAUGCUCAAAAUGGUUACAGCGAUCAAUCGUUGGUGAUGUUUUGGAGAAUGCGCGGUUAUGAUGUUCGUUCAGAUGAGGCCACAUUCGCAAGUGUUCUGAAAGCUUGCUCUGAGAUAGCAGCUCUUGCAGAUGGAAAAGAGAUACAUGGCCUCAUCAUAAAAUCUGGAUUUGUUUCUUAUGAAACUGCCGCCAGUGCCCUCAUAGACAUGUAUGCCAAGUGUGGGGAUGUAGUCUCCUCUUUCGAAAUCUUCAAGGAGUUGAAAAACAAGCAAGAUAUCAUGCCAUGGAACUCCAUGAUUGUUGGUUUUGCAAAAAAUGGUUAUGCUAACGAGGCACUUCUUCUCUUCCAGAAGAUGCGAGAGUCACAACUAAAGCCUGACGAAGUUACAUUCCUUGGUGUUCUAAUUGCUUGUUGCCAUGCUGGUUUAAUUUCUGAAGGCCGUAAUUUCUUUGAUUCUAUGAGCCAAGAUUAUGGGCUAAUGCCCAGAGUAGAUCAUUAUGCAUGUCUCAUCGAUCUUCUUGGACGUGGUGGUCAUCUUCAAGAGGCUCAAGAAGUUAUUGACCAUUUACCCUUCAGAGCUGAUGGUGUGAUCUGGGCUACAUAUCUUGCAGCAUGUCGAAUACACAAGGAUGAGAAGAGAGGAAAAGUUGCAGCAGAGAAACUUGUUGAGUUGGAACCACAAAGGUCAUCCACAUAUGUGUUCCUUUCAAGCUUGCAUGCUGCGGCUGGCAACUGGGUUGAAGCUAAGGUAGCCAGAGAAACAAUGCGAGAAAAAGGAGUGACAAAAUUUCCAGGAUGUAGUUGGAUCACUGUGGGAAACAAAACAAGCUUAUUUGUUGUACAGGACACACAUCACCCAGACACUCUGAGCAUCUACGAAAUGCUUGGCAAUCUAACUGGAAUGAUUAAAGAUGACAUAAUUGAGGAAUAUGAUCAGCUUAAUUUGUCUGGAAUGCUUGCUUGAGGGAUGAUGGCCCUUUUUAACUUAUAUCCGGCUAAAGGAGUAUGGCCUUGAUUAAUCUUUUGGCUUGUCAAGGACCUAAUAAGUAUAUGUUUGAUUGUUUAGGUGGGGAAUUUGGUAACGUUACAUAGUAUUUGUAAUACAUUUUACCAAAAAAAAGGUUAAUUGGAUCAUGCCAUUACAAUUGUCCGAA